CCGUCCUUGCGAGCGAUUUCACCCCCUCCCCCCCCCCCUCUCCACUCCGACCGUCGACUGGACUCGUUUGUCCUGACUCUCCGCUCUCCCCGACUUCCCGCCGUCCUUUUCCUUGAUUCCCCCGUCGCGCCCCCAUCCGCGUCAUCUAAUCCACCAUGUCGUCGUCCCGUAUCGGUCUUCGCUUCUUCCAAAACUCCAGAGCGGCUUUCCGCAAUGCUACUGGCCCUUUCCGUCGGCCUGGUGCCCAGGGCUUCCGCUUCCAGAGCUCCGAUGCCGCCUCCGCCGAGCAACAGAGCACCUUCCAGCGUCUAUGGAACAGCCCGAUCGGUGUGAAGACGGUGCAUUUCUGGGCCCCCGUUAUGAAGUGGGCUCUGGUCAUCGCCGGUAUCUCUGACCUUGGUCGCCCCGCCGAGAAGCUCUCCCUCACCCAGAACGGAGCUCUGACCGCCACCGGUAUCAUCUGGACUCGCUGGUGCAUGAUCAUCACCCCCAAGAACUACCUCCUCGCUGCCGUUAACUUCUUCCUCGGAUGUGUCGGUGUCGUCCAGGUCACCCGUAUCUUCAACUACCGUCGCAGCCUGAAGGACUCGCCGGUUGAGACUGUGAAGGAGCUGGAGACCGAGGUUGUCGACCAGGCCAAGGCCGUCGCCUCCGAGGCUGAGGCCGCGGUCAAGAAGUCCAACUAGACGGUGUACACGGUGAUGUCCGCGGCAAUAGAUCGUCUUCAUACAACCCGAACGCAGUGAUAGAGCAGAGUAGGAUUGAAAUUGGGGUUGGAGGCCGCUCUGUUUGACUUUAUUAUAUAUGUACAUAUUCCACUUAAAUCGCAUCGACAUUUCCC